GCUAAUUUUUUUAAAAAAAUAUUUUUUUAUUUCCUACUAAAGAUGUAUCGGAAGUUGUCUAAGUUAGAACACUCGGAAAUAAAACAACUUCUUACAGAAGCUAACAUAGAUGUUGCAAAACAUUACGCGACAAACAAAAAAGCACUCGCUGACAUCCUCAAUGACUAUAAUAGUGCAAUAAGUUAUGAUAGAAUUCAUGAGUUCAUAAAGCCGCAACGCGGCGAGGACGAAGUCCAUGCAAGAGCAUUUCCUUUAAAUGACGUUGCUAUUGACUUAUAUCAUAGACGUUCAGUACCUCAUGAAGUAAGAAGAGAAAUGUUUGACAUAACAAAUGCAAACGUUGGUGAAACAAGAAGAAGAGACGACACACUGAAACAACAGAGAAGAGAGAUGUUUAAAAGUGCUAUAGAACAAGUUCGCAAAGCUAACGAUGUCAUUCGUUCCAUUGACGACAAACCAAAAGAAGGUGAGAGAUGGUUAAAGAAAGAUGAAGAGAAUAGGAAGAGAAAUGUGAAGUCAGGCAAUAGACUCAUUGACUUUAACAUCGAAGCUUUAGAUGAACCAAACAGAGACUACUUACACAAACAUUUCGGUAAGGUUUUCAUGAGACUCUUAGAGAAGAUUAAAAUAAACUCACAACAGAGAUGGAUGGUAUGUUAUAAACUUGGUGGAAAGUAUGAAUGUUCUACGUUAAACCUCAAUAAUAUUGGAACAUUACUACAUCAGCUCUUGAAGGAGAACUUUAUAUCAGAGAUAGAAGCAAAUGCUGCAGGUAUUGUUGAAAUGCACUAUGACUUCUUCUUGACAAACAUAAAGAAUCUUACUGAAAUAAAGAUGUAUGAUUUAACUGAAUAUGAAGGCUUAACGAUGUCAGAUGUUAAGAAAGGAAAGCCACAGAAGCGACCAUAUAGAGAUGAAAGCAUACUGACAGAAAGACAGAAAAGAUUAUUGAACAGACUUAAACAAACAGGAGAUAAACAAGAUAUAGAUGACUUCUGGAAUGAAAUCCUUGGUGAAAAGAAGUUUUAUAAGAAGAGAAGCGGU